AUGAGAAAGUCCUGCGAGUGCUGCAAGAGAUACUGGACUCAUUUGCAUGGAAAGGUCAAGUGUUUCUUCACCCACAUGGACAGAAACUCUAGCCAUAGCAUGGUCAUACCAGAGAGCUUUGUGAACUAUUUUGGGUGGAAGCUAUCAGGAACCAUUGAACUAGAAGCCCCCAAUGGUAAUGUGUACGAUGUCGGAAUUACUGAGCGUAGGAACAAAACAGUACUCCGAUCUGGGUGGGAGGCGUUUGUGGACGCGAAUCAUAUAGUAGAAAGAGACUCGCUGAUGUUCCGAUACCAUGGAAAUUGUCGCUUCAAGGUUGUGGUCUUUGGUGCUAGUGGUUGUGAGAAAGUGGUGUCAUGUUCUGCUCGCACACAGAGCAAUAUCAAUGAUCAAGAACCAAGCACAAAUUCUACAGACAUUUCAACCAGUUCCAGUGAUGGUAAUACUCAUUCGUCAGCACGAGGACGAUCGGAUGAUUGCCAGAGUGGAAGCUCAGGCCAUUGUCGAAAACGAGCAAGGAAAGAUGCAAUACCUUCUCGGUCAGAGGAUUUGUCAGAAGACAGUCCAUGUGAGCACGAGUCAUCUGAAUCGGAAGAUACUAAACGUAUUGGAAUAACACCCGACCAUGAUGAUACAGACCCAUACAUGAUGUCACUGGGUGCCCGUCUAUCCCAAAUGCAGAGGAAGAAAGUUCUGAAGAAAGUUGGAGCCAUUGCAUCAGAUCUGCACAUCUACGUCGCAGUCAUGACCACGACCAGUGUCCGUGCCGCCCUAACCUUUGCCACACAAUACUGUGACACGUACCUUCGGAAGGGGAGCCGGAGUUUGGUGUUUCAGGCAGAGGGGAAGAGCCAGCAAUGGCAUGGUGAGUUGCACGACACCAAUCGUGCCCUGAGGAUAUUUGGAGGCUGGACUUCUUUUGCGAGAGACAAUAACCUGCGGGAGGGGGACAUCUGCCUCUUCGAGCUGAUGAAAAACAAGGUGGAACUGAAGCAGAAGAUGAUGGUCUAUAUCAUUCGCCGUGAGCGUUGCUAG